AUGGUAAUCUAUAAAAAAUUAUUAUUUUUAGCAAAAAAAGAAUUAAGAACUUCUUCCAUUUAGAAAUAUUUAAUUGCCUGGAGAAUCAAUUAUUAAAAGGCUGAAUGAUUAAAAUUAUUCAAAGAUAGAUUAAUUUACCUUUUAUAAAUUUCAAUUCGGUUUUUAAAUAUAUUUUAUCCUUUAAACAAAUUCUAUAAUUUGUUAAAUUUCUCUUAAUAUUGGUCAUGAAACACUUUUAGUUCAUAUGUAUUUUGAGGAUUUAAAUAAAUAGUUUAAAAGAAGAUUAGGAAAAUAAAGGAAAGUAUUGCAAAAAAAAAAGAACAAGAUAAUAAAUAGGAUAAUCCUUAGAAUGGAUAUACUGAUAAUGUGCAUGUUGCUAAGAACUAUUAGGUUUCAAGAGAAGUAGAAGUUAAUCUGUUGGUUUGCAAGAAGAAAAAACUAUUACCCCAGCUACAAAAUGAAGAUAUUAAUAUUAAGAGCAAAUAAAGCAGAAUAUUUUAAGUAUUUGAGAAUAUUAUAACAAUUUUGGAAGGCAAUUAGAUGAAAAUUUUCCUAAUAAUCGGUAUGAUGAAGAAGGUAAUAUUAUGGGCGAUCUCUUCGAAAUUUAUGCAGGAUAAUUUAAUUGAAAUCUAUCAAAAAUCAGGAAUAAAAUAUAUUAUAUAUAUGAAGAAUAUGUGUAAUAUGGAAAAAUUUUAGAGACAACUCCUUUUGAAAGAAAGCAAAGAGGGAAAAUUUCAAAAUAAAUUUAAUAUUAUUAGGAUUAGGGGAAUAAAUGAUUAUUGA